UUCUCCAUUCUCUUCUAUCUGCUGCCCCGUGAUGGAUUUUGGUGCCUCGCCUGCGUGGUUGGCCCGGCUGUCUCAUCUCUGGCACCACCAUGACAACAGAGAAGAGCCCAGCGGCGGACGCCGACGGCUCGGACCAGCAGCAAGCCAAGGAGGAGGAAGGAGCUGCUGAAGCACAGAAGCAGGAGGCUUCUCUGGAGGAAGGGGCUCAGCCUACGUCAGAGGGGCAGGGGCAGAAGCAGAAGGCCUCCAACGGAGACACCCCCACGCACGAGGAGCAGAGCAAGAAGGAACGUCGCACCUCCGAGGGCCGGGGCCUGUCCCGCCUCUUCUCCUCCUUCCUCAGGAGGCCCAAGUCUCAGGUGUCUGAAGAGGAAAAAGACACUGCUCCUAAAGAGGCAGGAGGUGACCAGAAAGGUUCAGGAUUAGGAGCCAGCCCUGAUGAAGACAUCCUGGUGAAAGCGCCGAUCGCAGCUCCUGAGCCCGAGCUCAAAACCGACCCGUCACUGGAUCUCCAUUCCUUGAGCAGUGCAGAAACACAGCCUGCACAGGAGGAGAGGAGGGACGAGCAGGAGCCAGAGGGCAAAGACCCUGAGGACAAGGAAGAAGGAGAAGCCAAGGAAGAGUGUGCCAAGCCAGAGCCUAAACCAGAGACUCCGGAGACCAAAGCAGACAAGGAUUUGAAAGCUGCCCAGAAAGCAGUGAAAAGACACAGAAACAUGUACUGCAAAGUGAUCUUGCUGGAUGACACCAUUUUUGAGUGUGCUGUGGAUAAACAUGCCAAGGGACAGGAGCUCCUUAAAAAAGUCUGUGACCACCUCAAUCUGCUGGAAGAAGACUACUUUGGUUUGGCCAUAUGGGACACACCAACCUCCAGGACGUGGCUGGAUCCUGCCAAAGAAAUAAAAAAGCAGGUUCAUGGAGGCCCCUGGGAUUUUACCUUCAAUGUCAAGUUUUAUCCUCCAGAUCCUGCCCAGCUGACUGAGGAUAUAACCAGGUAUUACCUGUGUCUUCAGCUCAGACAGGACAUCCUCACGGGGCGGCUGCCCUGCUCCUUUGCAACCCUGGCCCUGCUGGGCUCCUACACGGUCCAGUCGGAGCUGGGGGACUAUGAUCCCGAGCUCCACGGCCCAGAUUACAUCACUGAGUUCAAACUGGCCCCAAACCAGACAAAAGAGCUCGAAGAGAAGGUUGUGGAGCUUCAUAAAACAUACAGAUCCAUGACUCCAGCCCAAGCAGACCUGGAAUUUCUUGAGAAUGCAAAAAAGCUGUCUAUGUAUGGAGUCGACCUUCACCAAGCCAAGGACUUGGAAGGAGUGGACAUCACUCUGGGAGUCUGUUCCAGUGGCCUUCUUGUUUACAAAGACAAACUGAGAAUCAACCGCUUCCCGUGGCCCAAAGUCCUGAAGAUUUCCUACAAACGCAGCAGCUUCUUCAUAAAGAUUCGGCCGGGGGAGCAAGAACAGUAUGAAAGUACAAUUGGGUUCAAGCUUCCAAGCUACCGGGCAGCGAAGAAGCUGUGGAAAGUCUGUGUUGAACAUCACACCUUCUUCAGGCUGACUUCCACCGAGGCCAUCCCGAAGAGCAGGUUCCUGGCGCUGGGCUCCAAGUUCCGCUACAGCGGGCGGACGCAGGCGCAGACGCGGCAGGCGAGCGCCCUGAUCGACCGGCCCGCGCCCCAGUUCGAGCGCACGGCCAGCAAACGAGCCUCCAGGAGCCUGGAUGGAGCUAAACGUGCGACUCAGAAAGUUGAGUUCAGGACCAUAGAGGAAGAGAAGCAGAAGGAGGUGGUGGUGGUUGAGGUUCCUGAACCAAAACCUGCGGAUCAGAUCCGAGAGAAGCCAGCCAAACACACUCUUGAAACUUUUGAAAUGAAACCCAUUGCAGAGGAGGAAGAGGAGGAGGAGAAGGUAGAGGUGGUUAAGGUUCCUGUUGCCAAGCCCAAGUUCCCGGAGCCGGUGCCACCGCGGUCAGCAGUGGCUGUGAUAACCCCGGAGCGGAGUCCCCGGCCCACCUCGGCCCCGGCCAUCGCUCAGAGCCACCCUGCAGAGCCAGCCCCAGCUAAGCCUGACGUGAAGGACGUGGCCACAUCUAAAAUAGGGAAGGAAACAGCAAAAGCUGAUGUGAGACGUGAGGAAUUCCCACCAGAGAAAGCCAAGGCAGAGCCAGCUGAUGCAUCCAAGGUGAGGAAAACACACAUUGAGGUCACAGUCCCCACCACGAAUGGUGCCCAGCCCCAGCAGCAGCCUGCAGAAAAAGAGGAAGAGCUGAUAAGAAUGAGGAAGAAGAGAUCAAAGAGGCUAGAUGGUGAAAACAUUUAUAUCAGGCAUAGCAAUUUAAUGUUGGAGGAUCUAGAUAAGCCCCAGGAGGAAAUCAAGAAGCACCAUGCCAACAUCAGCGAGCUGAAGAAGAACUUCAUGGAGUCCGUCCCGGAGCCGCGGCCGAGCGAGUGGGACAAACGUCUGUCCACCCACUCCCCUUUCCGGACCCUCAACGUCAACGGGCAGAUCCCCACAGGAGCGGAUGGAGUCAAGAAAGUCACUGUCCUAUCUUCUGAGAGACAGUCUCCCAGCUACUUUCUCCCCAAUUCUCACCACUUAGGGGUGUGCAAAGAACCAGUCCCAAAAUACCGCACUGACCAGAGGAGGUUGGCUCAGCUGAGGGAGCUUAGAGCCAAGUUUUUCCUCUCCUAAGUACACUUGGAUUUGCCCAGGGCUGCCAAACUAAAGGGAUGGAGAGUUACUGCACAGCAACAUUCCCCCAAUCUUUUCUUUCUUCAGCAGAAGUGCUGGAGGCUUUGCAUGGUCCUGUGUGCUGAUUUACUCAUUCCGGGUUUUUAACGUUCCUCAGACUCCAGAAACAAAAGUGCUAAAACACGGAGCAAAAUUCCAGGAGCUUGCAGUGCUCCCACUGCCAUCCUGCCCGUUCCACACGUGGCAUUUCUGAGAAUAGCAAUUUUACACUUGUUCCAGUAGAAUUUUCAGACCAAUCAGUGUUUUGAUACUCUGGUCAGAACUUUGGAAAAGCCUUUUGUAUCUGCUCUGCAGUCUGGCUGCUCCAUGGGAUUUGCCAAACGCUGGUUUUAAGGGUAGAUUAGGAAGCUGUCAGAGACCACCUUUUGUACUGCACCAUCCCUGUUUCUAAUGCCUCCGACUUUUUUCUCGACCAUUCCAAUUCCAAAACACUCCAGGAGGUUUUGAGCACCUGCUUUCCUGGCAGGGCAGGCACAAACCACCACAACCCUGAUCCAGAUGUUGAUCAGUUCUGCAGGGAGGACAUGGUUCUGUAGCUCCAAGGCUCGUGUGGCCCAGGCCAGGGGCUACUCUGCUCCCCAGGGCAGUUUAUUUUACGUUGAGAAGAGCUGUCCUAAUGCUUUGCACACCUCCAAGUGUCACUUUUGGCCACUUUCCAUCUGUCAUUUUUGUUCAUCUCUCUCUGUCUUUCUUGAUCUUCUACCACGAAAGCAGAAACGGGAACGUCCUCUGUUAGUACAGGAUGAAGACAAAUUAAAAAAGCAGCAGAUACCUACUGAGACAGCCUUUCCCCGGCCAGCAAGUGAAGAAACUCUUCCAAAGGUUUCAAUUGCAAUUCCUGAAGAGCAGAAAGCACUCAAAAAGUGUCAGCUGUACUCUAGCAUUUUUCCUUCUCCACGCAUUCCCUUUAUGAUGUCCUUUCUCCUCGUUGUAGCACUGACUGUUUGGUGGCUGCUCUUUCUCUGAGUGGCAACAGGGUCAUGUUGAAACCUCAAGACCAAAGCUCCUGAAUUUCUUGGCCGUAGCCUCUGCUGCAUCUUCCUUGUCCUGGUCUUUGAUCUCUCUAGUUCGCUGUCCCGGGGAGGGACAUCCCGCGACCGUCCUGUUAAAUCCCUCUGUGUGUCCUUGUGUGGCUGGGAUGGGACCUGGCAGGAGUGGUCUGGGAUUGCUGGGUCCCUUCUGAAGUUUCCUACUGUGCAAAAGCAAAUUCUUUGAACCCUGUUCCUGAUUGCUGUGAGAGAGCAGACGGGGAGAGGAAAUGAUGGGAGGAGUCGCUGGCUUCCUGAGCCCCUGUAGACUUCACGUAGGAAUUGCUAGAAAAUUGCUUUAAAACUUGUUGUUUUUAAUGUAAAAUGUUCAAAAACUGGAGAACCUUUGAUACUGGUCCAAAAGAGGCUUUGCAGUAAUCUGCUGAAUUAUGGAAUCCUGGAAUGGUUUGGGUUGGAAGGGACCUUAGAGCCCAUCUCAUUCCAAGCCCCUGCCAUGAGCAGGGACACCUUCCACUAGCCCAGGUUGCUCCAAGCCCUGUCCAACCUGGCCUUGGACACUUCCAGGGAUGGGGAGUCCACAACCUCUCUGGGCAACAAGAGGUUGAAUCUCUGGGAAGAAUAUCAGAAUCUAAUCCAUAACCUCUCCUUUCCUAGGAAACUCAGAUUGGCAUUUCAAUACAAAGUGCUGGUUCUCACUGCUGUUAGUGAUGACUCAGGGACAGGGACAGGCAGCUUUUCUUUUCCCAGGGGGUGAAGCCUUUGGCAAAACAUCCCAGCUUCCCUCUCCACCCCUAUUCACGUGUCCAAGAAAAUACACAGUGUUACAGGAGAAAACCCAUUGCAAGGAGAUAUUAAUUGUCAACCUAGAUUAAUCAUUUCUUGGAAUCUGAUGGUCUCGGUGCACUUGGGAUGUGUUUUGUUUCAUUUGUGUGGAACUAACGGACUCAUGUUUGCUGAGGUCACAGGGCUGGAGUCACCUGCUGUUUUAACAUCCCCUCUGUUGCCAUGUUGGCUUGGCCACAUCAGGACACACUUCUGAAUGUUAAAGCCCUCAAUUGUUUUUGACUUCUUUACCCCAACCCUUGCAUGCUGCCUGUUGUUUAUUGCCUACAGUGUAAAUGUCUGGAUGAUGCUCCCGUUUAUCCCAGUUCUCCUGGCUGAGCUGUGCAGGCUCCAGCCCAGCUGGGCUGAGCAGAGCUGCUUUGUGAGCUGAAGAGAAGGUGGGACUUUGUGUCCGAGGGGUUUCUUUUCUGUAAAUACUAAAGAUGGGGCUGAGCUGAGCCCCCCGUGUCUCCUUUCAGCAUUAAUCCGUGUUUUCCUGCAGCUGCUGGAGGAUUGGGCUGGACACAGUUACUCUGGGAACAGCCCCCAGUGCCACCAGUGGUGGCAGCUGCUCCAGCAGCACGGGAGAGAAAGGAGCAGACCUUUAUUACAGGGACUAAAAUGUGUGAAUAUAUAUAAAUACAUGUAUUUAUAACCCUUUCUAGAUCUGUAUCCAUGUGAACAGUGUUAUUUAGGAAGCAGAUAAGCUUGCAGGAAUAAGGCAAACAUGGCAUGUGCUGUCUGGUCAGAGGGUCUGUGGUGUGUCACAGACCACUCGAGCCACCUCUUGCUUUCAGUGUACAGGUUGAGGCUCUAAAUGCUGUCUCAGAAACUUAGGUUGGUAGUGAAACUCUUUGUUUUAGUCCCACAGGAAUCUUUCCAGUUCCUCUUGCACCCUGCUCCGAUUAGUUCACCAGUUUGUGCCUUUAGGACUUUGUUUUGUGAGGAUUUUUCAUUGGAAAAGAUUCUUCCCUUUUUAAUACACUGCCUUUAAUACAGUCUUCCUCCUUCAGUGCUUGGAAGUGUAGGAGUCAGAGGGUUGUUGUCCAGGUGAAGGAAAGUGUCAGCAGGCUGUGUCCCUGCAUCCUUGGAGCAUCCCUUGGAAUGCACUUGAACUCCAGCGAGUUUGGGGUGGAGUUUAGGAAGACAAAAGUGGGCCCUGGAGAGGAGAGGUGGAAAGAGAUGUUGAGGUGCCACGUGCAGAAGAUGCAGGAUGGAAGAAGCCAGGGGGAUGCUUCUGGCUGGGAUUCCCUGCCUGCAUCUCCUUCCCAAAAUUGGAACAGAUAUGCUGAAAAACAGGGACUGUUUGCUCUCCCCAACCUGGCUGGGGAGGGAAGGGAUGGGAGUUGUGUGGGUGUCUCUUUGUUCAUUUUCUGUCCAUAUUUCCUGGAGAAGAGCAGCUUAAACACAACAGGUGCUCCCUUCCCAAAGCCAUUGCUCGGGAUCCCUCUUGGAAUGCACAGCUGAGGUUCCUGUGUGUGUCUUUUUGGUUCCUUGACAAGGACUUGGAAGCCACAUGGGUGGCUUUGGCAAAGCCAUGGUUUCUGUAGCUCUGUCACCCAAUUCCAAAGGACCUGAAGUUUAAAACUCUUUGCCCAGAGCAAUAUCUGACCGGAGUGCUCAGGGUGUCUCAUCCCAGAGGGGUGAGAGGUGGGCUCUGCCACUUCAGCUCAACUCUGUAAUUCUUUAAUUCAAACGGUCUCUUUCUUUCUCUUUUUUAAUCUUGAGAUAAGGCUGGUUGUCAUCAGCAAAAAACCUUGGAAACUUUACACUCUGAGAACACUCAGGAACAUUUUUGGGAUUUGUAUACCAGUUAUCACUGCAGAGUAUAAAAAAAUUGAACAAAUGCUUUCUGUUUCUCUGGCAGUUUAGAGGCCAGUUAUAUUCCUCUGGGUGGGUAUGAUCCCUCCUGACAGAGAAUUCGUGUAGCUUAUCAGGAACAGAAACCUCAUCCAUCUGAUGCCACAGGGAUGUGCCCUCUGGGCUCCAGCCCCUUUUCCAGUCCCUCCUCUGCUUUUUUUCCUGUUUGCUUGUAAGGCAAAUGGAGUGACAUCCAUGGCAUUCCGUGUAAGGUCUCGUUCCUGAACGUUAUCUCUCCCAUUUGUGCACAUUCCGUGUCUCUUACACCUUGGUGCUGUGGUUUCACCCUUUUCCCUUGGUGUCCGUGCAGGACGCCCUCAGAGGAGGGAUUUUGGGAUGCCUGCUGUCAUCCUUGAGCACAGGGAGAGCUCAUUCACUCUAGUGCUGUUUAAGAGCAGAGGUCUCAGGGGUUUUGUAAAGGAACCAACUCCGUACCACUCCCUGUUUUCCUCAGGAACAAAUUUGCUGGGAGCACUGGCUGCCUGCCCUGACACUGGCACCCAUUAACAGGGAUUCACACGCCCAUGCCAGGCUGUGAGGGAUGGAGAACUGAGUUGUCCCUUCCUGGAUCCUUCCGGGAUCCUGGAAUUGUCUGCAGCCCGUAACCUCCUCCCAGCUGGCAUGAGAAAUCCUGAUUUUUCAAUGUGACCUGCUGCAGAAAAUGACAUUUUGGUGACUCUGGCGCACCAGGAUAGGUCUGACAGCAGUUUUGAUGUUAAUUAGGCUUUCCCAGUGUUUUGUGGUGUGGUCACUCAGCUCUUUGGUGCUCGUGUGUGGGAUCCCCUUAGGAGCUGUCGGGGCUCCAGCGUUUUCCAUCGUGAUUGGUGUGGUUGGCUCCACACUCACUUUCUGAAUCUUCUUACCCUGGUUCUAUCUCUUCUGAACACCACCUAAAACAUACAUGAAUCUCUUGUGCUUUCCUGCUUUAGGAAAAGGUGGACAUCAGUAAUUUUAAGCAGCAAAAUGCUGCUGGUGGCUUGGAACUCGGAUUCAACUCCGAGGCCGUGCUGAGUGUCGGGCUCUACAUGUGCUGAUGCUCGAGGUGUUCACUGCUGCAAAACAACAUCCCUUUUUUCUUUCCCACUGUUAAAAGUGAGCAGAUAAAUGAAGGUGUUGGCUGCUUCUCCUGCCACGUGCUGCCUCUGUUGGGGGGUCAGUAGAAGGUGAGCCGAGGACUCUCCAUGGGCAGGUCAGGGCAUGGAGUUCAGCCAAGACCAGCUCCCCUCCCGUGCAGUUUGUGCAGUGAUGACCCCAAAGAGUAGGUAUUCCCUAUUUCCCUCCUGAAGUAACAAGGAGAAGUGGAUUUCCUCAACGUGGCACCAGGGGAGUAGUUUAUAUUUGGAGGAAAGAGGCUGGGCUGGCCUUGCUGUGUCUGUACCACGGGGCUCCUGGGAAGGUUAUCAUAAAAUCAGGGAAUAUCCUGAGUUGGAAGGGACCCAUAAGGAACAUAGAGUCCAACUCCUGAUGGCUGUGGGCAAAGUGUCUUUCACUUCACAUCAGUGUCAGUAAUUUGUCGCUCUGAGAAUUAUUCCGCUUUGUUGGGUUUUCUUUUUUCUGGUCGUGAGUUGAUGGCACCUGUUCUGACCUACAGAAUGAGGAAGGAAGCUUUCUGGGCAAAUUCAGCCCCAAAAAAGGAUUAUGGAUUCAUGCAGGAACUCUCUGGUCUGUACUUGGUAGUGGGUGACACUGGAGAACCUGUCAGUGGUGGUUCCUCUUGUGUCCCUGUUUGUGGUUUGUGAGGCUGGAGGGAAGGACUGGCCUUGCUUUGGGCCCCUUUGGGAUCUUCUAUCAGUGGUACAUAGUGGUGUUGGGUCAGUUUGUGGGGACUAAAAACACUUUCUUUUUUACCUAAAAUGCUCUCUUUUGGAACACUUUUUCGGUUUUGUAUUUUUUCUCAGAUUUUCCUUUGUAAAUAUGUACAUUUAUCAUUAAUAAAUGUUGUUGCAAAUCACA